AUGCUGUGCUCCAGCAUAAACUUUGAUAACCUCCCAUCUUCCAUCAGUGAGUUUUUCACACGUGAAGAAUUUGACAAGAUCUCUGAGUAUGAGAAACAGCAUCUCAGUAACUUACGGCAGAACUUUGAGGCUUUACGUCGUGCAGGUUUACCAGUGACUCCUCCAGAGUUCAUGCUUAGAAAUAAAUCCGAGAAGGAAAAGCGGAAACUGGUAACUCCAACAAUUCUAGAAUCUUCUGAUGGAUCUGACUCUGAAUGGACGCCUGCCCUGGAGAAGCCAAGGAUAUCACAGGUGAACCAAAGAAAACGACUGUUUCAACCUCCAAAGAAGGCACCAUCAAAAGAUAACUCAAACGAGAAAGUCCCAGGACCAACACAGCAGAAGAAACAGAGAAAGGAACAGACAGAUUCUGAAGAUGAGGACGAGGAAGUCCACGUGUACCCAUUUCGAAAGAUCAGAAUGUCAAGUUACAUGUCCCUUUCCACACCGGAUGAUGAUGAUUAUCUAUAUUGUGAAGAAUGCAGGCAGGAAUAUGACGGGGACUGUCCUAUACAUGGACCACUACUGCUUGUAGAUGAUGCUGAGGUGCAACAAUGUCCAGGAGAAUCUAUUGAGUACAGCAAGAGAACCCUUCCAGUGGGUCUAGUCAUCAAAAGAUCCAAGAUUCCACAUGCAGGUUUGGGCGUGUUUGCUCUGAAAGACUUCCCUGCUCGUACCAGAUUUGGACCCUACAAAGGCAAGAAGGAAGUCGAUGAAACAAUUGCCCAUGAGUCUGGUUAUAGUUGGCAGAUUAUGAAAGAUGGGCAGACUUCCCACUUUGUGGAUGGCAAAGACCCAAGCAGGUCCAACUGGAUGAGAUAUGUGAACUGUGCCAGACAUGAAGAUGAGCAGUGUGUGACAGCCUACCAGUACCAGGGAGACAUCUACUACAGGUCUCACAAACCUAUCUGUGCUGGGACAGAAAUAUUAGUAUACUAUGGUGACAGUUAUGCAAGGGAUCUGGGCAUAAAUAGUACAAAACCUGAAAGAAAACAGCACAGAGCAAAAAAGGUUCAAGAAUCUUCUGUAGAUGCUAAAACUGAUG